AUGCCGGAAUCAAUUCUAUUCCGGCGUUUACCUGCCAAGAGGAAUGAAAUUCGUGGUGGAGCCCAUCUCCAAAAUUGGAAUGAAUUCCGGAAGAGACAUGGAAUUGUAAUACCAAGAGGGGAGGUGGGAAUGGUUUCCCCAAACUCCGCCAAGCUGGAUAGGUACAGAGUCGACCGCUAUGGCCACACCAACGACGACGCCCCGGACUACCGUCGUCCCUCUCUCUUCUCCGACGCCCCCAUCAACCCCCAUAACUACCGCGGCGGUGGUCCUGGCCGUGGAGGCUUCGACAGUCCUCCUCGUCACUCUCCCGGUGGCUUCCAGCCACUAGGCCCCGCCGGUCCCGUUGGCGGAGGCUUCCGCCCGCCUCACCCCGAGCCUCCGCAGCUCUCCGGUCAGAAACGCGGCCAUCCUUUCUCCGCCCGCGGUGGCUCUCCAGAUCGUUUAGAUAGAGGAGGUUUUGCAAAGCUUUUCGUCGGAUCAGUUCCGAGGACAGCUACUGAGGCAGAGAUUCGCCCUUUGUUUGAAGAACAUGGAGAAGUGGUGGAGGUUGCGCUGAUCAAAGAUAAGAGAACAGGGCUGCAGCAAGGUUGCUGUUUUAUUAAGUAUGCAACCUCAGAAGAAGCUGAUAGAGCCAUUAGAGCUUUGCAUAAUCAACACACUCUUUCUGGGGGAGUAGGUCCUAUCCAAGUCAGAUAUGCUGAUGGGGAACGCGAACGCCUUGGUGCAGUUGAGUACAAGUUGUUUGUGGGCUCACUGAACAAACAAGCUACAGAAAAGGAAGUUGAGGAGAUUUUCUUACCGUAUGGUCAAGUUGAAGAUGUUUACCUCAUGCGUGAUGAACUGAAGCAGAGUCGUGGAUGUGGUUUUGUUAAGUAUUCCCAGCGCGAUAUGGCCUUGUCAGCAAUAAAUGGUCUAAAUGGGCGCUAUACUAUGAGAGGUUGUGAGCAACCACUAACUGUCCGCUUUGCUGAUCCUAAAAGGCCAAGGCCUGGAGAAUCAAGGGGUCCUGCUUUUGGAGGUCCAGGUUUUGGUCCUCGGUUUCAAAGCCCAGGGGCCAGACCGAUAACAAACUUCGGUGACCCUACAAGUGAUCAAAUUCCAACUAAUGCUUGGCAUCCAAUCAGUCCACCAAACAUGGAGCCAUCUCCCAAUCCUGGUAUUCGUGGCUUUGGGGCCCAUUUUCCUCCUAGGUCUGGAGACAUGGGACCCUUCAAUUUGGGCGGACAUGGCAGCUCUGUUGAUGGUCCACAUCCUGUGAUGGCAGUUUCAUCUCAAACAACACCACAGAGUCAUAACCAGUCGAUGCCACAUAUGGGUCAGCAGAUAUCCCCAUUACAGAAGCGUAAUCACUCACCUCAGCAUUUGCCACCUUCUCUUCAGCAGUACCCUCAAACACCAGCACCCUACGCACUCACACAAACUGCACGGCAGGUUGGUCAACCACAGCUUCCUCCUUCUGCUGGCCAAACACCAUUUAAUCAAGCUUUACCAUCACAAAGGGUACAUGGCUUGGGCGGACAGUUGUCAGUUUCUCAGCCUGAAGUUCAGCAGAAUGCUGCUUCUGCUCCGGCACUACCGACCCGUUUGAAUAUUAACUUAAAACCUCAUUCCAUGUCCACAACAAAUCAACAGCAGCGUCCUUCUGCUCCUGCUCAGCAACAACUUCAAACACUUCAGCAGUCUCCUUCUCAGUUAGCUCAAAUGUUGUCCCAACAGACACAAAAUCUGAAGGCAAGCUUUCAAUCAUCUCAGCAAGCAUUCUCCCAGCUGCAACAACAAUUGCAGCAAAUGCAACCAUCAAAUCAGGGUCUGGCAUUGCAUCAGACUUCCCAGUCCAGUAAGCAGCAGCAGACUCAGUGGAAUGGAAUAGUACCACAGACUGUUGCCAAUACCCCCACCACAACACCACCUGCAGAGGUGCCUUCAGCCACAUCUGUUGCUCCUGCUAUACCUGUAGCAAACCAGACUAUAACUCCCACGAAAUCUAUUUGGACAGAGCAUACCUCCCCGGAUGGAUACAAGUACUAUUAUAAUAGUGCAACUGGUGAAAGCAAGUGGGAAAAACCUGCCGAACUUACAUUGUUUGAGCAACAGCAGCACCACCAAAAGGCAUCAGUUCAGCAGCCUCAGACUCCUUCACUGCAUCAACAUCUACCCGUGCAGUUGCAACUUCCUCAAACACAACAGAUGCAUCCUCAAACACAUUUUCAACCACAGCCUUGGCCCAAUCUUCAGUCACAACAGCCAUCGUUCUCUUCAACGUACCAGGCUACUGGAAAUGUAGCCCAACACAAUGCUCAGGACUUUGGAUUUUCAAAAUUUACCCCAACAACUAGUUCAGUUAGUGAUCCUCGCUUCCAACAGGGGCUUCAGGCUGCUCAGGAUUGGAUGUCGAAAAACAAGCCAACAGGUGCUGGAAGUGGUUGAGCAGAGUUCGAGGUGGACAUAGAAAUUGAUGCUUGAAGAGGCUGUUGUAACCAAUCUUGAUAGCAAGGCAGCUUGAAGAUGCCGAAUGAGAACUUUUUGAGGGGAACAUUUCCUUCUGGCAUUGGUUUCUUUUGCAUGAGGUUUCAUUAUUUAUGGUCACUGGCUCGCAAAGUUAUACACUUGUGCCAUAGUAUUCGGCAAGAAUUUGCCCGAAUGAGUUGUAGGAUGUAAUUAUUGUGUAGCAUAGUAUUUGGUUAGCUGUAUAGACAAGGCGGGUUGGCAAUUCAUUGGAGGGGUGCAUGCCUUCCAAUUUUUCAGGACUGGAGAAUCGCCAGAUGCCUCGCCCCUUUUAACAAUAAGCUUUUCAUCUUAGCAAGUCGUCACCUAUUUAUACAUUUACGCGUAUCUCUGCC